GAACAUUUUCAGAAUAAUCGUGUUCAAAAUGUUUAAGGACGUCAGCGAUUAAUCUUGUACAAUCUCUUAUUUCGCUCAAGAGCUACGUAUUGUGAACGAAAAGUUGGUAGAACGAAAAUUUUCGAAUGAUUUCGUUGAGUUAUUUUUGUAUAAGAUUUUACGUUUUACUUCAGCAGCGUCCAAAACAUGUUGUGUAGAUACAUCUAACUUGAUUAUAUGUAUACGUUUAACGUGAUACAUAGCAAAGGAUCUUAAAAGGACAGAUAAAAUUGGUUCCAUAACUAAAUGUUAAAAAUACCUAUUGCCGAAUAUGAUGAGAUAAAUAAACCAAAAUGAUGGAUUGGGGGAUUCGGCGCUCUAUUAUGUUCCAUGUCAGAAGACGUCCCGCAGAUUCUCAGCCGCGAAGAAGAAAAAAGAAACCAUUAGGUACCUCAAAUGAAAACAAUCACACAUCCAACGAUCGAGAAGGACCAGUUUUAGUUGAAGUAACACACAGUGGUGAGAUUGGCGAUCGCAUUAAAUUAGGAUCAGAUCCUAUUGAAGUGGGAUCUGCUAACACAAAUUCCUUACAAUUAUUUGGACCAUCUAUACAAGCUAGACAUUGUUUGAUAUCAUUAUUGGAGGGAGUUUGUAUUGUUACACCACUACAUGCUGAUGCAUUGACAUUUGUAAAUGGACACCAUGUGACUCAACCCACAAUUCUGCAGGACGGAUGUGAAGUUGUGAUCGGUCGUGUUGCGUCAUAUCGCUUUCUGGAUUCCCCGUCAGAUGGAGGGUUUAAUCCAUCUCUUUCCCAAACGCAACUGGAUUCAGCAUAUCUUUACGAAAGACCGGAAUAUAAUGUUUCUGUUCUAGAAAAUCAAGGAUCAGAACUUAUUUUACCGGCUGUUUUGGAAUUUCCAGAAAAGCAUCAGGAGCAGUUUCUUAAACAUGUUGUAACAGAUUUAGAUGUAAACUUGCCGAACUUCAAACUUGCUCCAGCAUAUUCGCUUUAUAUGUGUGCCAGAUAUCGUGCAUCUACUCACUACAGACCAGAACUACAACCUACAGAACGAGCUCAAAAACUAACAAUUUUUCUUCGUCAUGUAGCAAAUUUAAUACAUUCAAUUGUUCACGAUCAGAAAACCAGUGCUGACAUUCUUACUUUCUGGAUGGCAAAUAGCUCAGAGUUCCUAAAUUUCCUAAAGUCCGAUCGACACAUAAGUGCUUUUAGUAUACAAGCUCAAGAAAUACUCUAUGAAAGCUUACAAAUUGCUUUUCACAAUUUAGUUGAUUUAUUUCGGGUAGAGCUAUUGCAAACCCUUGACCAAUUUUUAUCGGAAACAACUGAUCAUGUCUCAGCAGCAGGGUUAGUUUUGACUGUUUUAGAAUCAGUAAUGGCUCUUUUACGAAGAUACCAAGUAAACGCUGCACUAACAAUUCAAUUAUUUUCCCUUUUAUUUCAUUAUAUCAAUGCAAUAUGUUUCAAUACGAUUGUAUCAAAUUCACAUAUGUGCACAGCUGAAUAUGGAAAAAUGCUCGCAGAGCGUUUACAACUAUUAGAAUUAUGGGCAAAACGCCAUGGACUUGAACUUGCAGCAGAUUACCAUUUGGCAAAAAUAAAACAAUGUGUCCAAUUUCUUGAGUCGCCAAAGUUAUCUGUUGAAGAAACUCAAAAAUUAAUAUGUACCUGUUUUCGUUUGAAUUCUGUUCAAAUAGCAGCUCUACUUCAACAAGAAAAAAUUCCUAACAAUUUGGUAGAUACAGUUAUAAAAAUGGCAGAGUCAGUAGGUGAUGAUAAUAAUGAAGUACAACUGAAGGAAUCUCCCGAACUACACUUGGAACUUUUGCUGCCUGAUGAAGGAUUUAGCUGUGACAUAAUAAGGGGAAUUCCUUCAGAUCUGAUUGAUUUCUUAGAUCCACUACAGUCAGUUGGAAUAUGUCGCCUAUCUGUCCAACCCUUGAGUAUAGGAUAUUGGACUGUUUAUAUGGAUAAAUAUAAUGAACUAUCACCAAGUGAAAUAAUAAGCAACGUACCAAAACCCGAAGUUCAAAUUAUAAAGUUUCAAAAAAACUCAAAUGGAAUGGGGCUAUCGAUUGUGGCCGCAAAAGGUGCUGGUCAAAAAAAUUUAGGCAUCUAUAUCAAAAGUGUUGUACCUGGUGGAGCUGCAGAUGUAGAUAAUAGGUUAGAAGCUGGAGAUCAACUUUUGCGAGUAGAUGAACAGAGUUUGGUGGGAAUAACACAAGAAAUAGCUGCUGAAUACUUAGUAAAGACGGGACCUAUUGUAACAUUAGAGGUGGCUAAGCAAGCAGCGAUCUAUCAUGGUUUGGCAUCUUUGCUUCAACAACCAAGUCCAAUUACUCGAACAGAUUCGGAAGAUGCAACUCAACGUUUGUGUUCCAAUUUUAAUUCAGAAGAAAGCCUCAAUAUUUUAAAUUUAGAAACACAAACGCGCCGAUUGAGUGUUAAUUCGCUUCAAGAAAAAAUUGUUGACCAAGGACAACUUAUGACACACAUGGAUCCUCGAUACAGAGAUAAUCGUUCUAUAGCAACAACUUCUUGGAAUGUAAUUGCAGCAAAUGAAAAUAAUAACUCAUAUAUCAGCCGUGAGGCAAAUCCUUCAAUUUACAUUGAAGAAUUCGAUGAUGGUGCAAAUUUGGAAGAAAGACCUAUUUAUUCAUGCUCAGACGCACAUCAACCAUUAAAUGAAGAAGGAAUUGCUUCCGUGGCUGAAACAGACGACAUUCCUUUUAUCGACGAUAAUGUUUUUUAUGAAGAUGAGGAAAUUUACAAACCAGAAAGGCAACAAUUCCCUCGAAAACCAAUCGACUUUCGAGAAAAACCCAUAUCUAACACGGAAACGGAUGGUAUUAUUUCUCUCAAUAAACGAAGUUCAAAUGCUUAUAGAAAAACAGUUAGUUUUGAUUUGGUAGAGAAAGAUGAGAAAUGUGAUUAUGUUUGCCAAGCAAAUUCAUCUUUAAAAAAAAGAUCUCAUACGACCCAAUCAAUCAGCAGCUUUAAUGAAAAAAUAUCACCUAAAGAACAGCCAACUGAACUAACACAAGUCGAUAACACUGUUCUCUAUGUCAACGGAAAUCACCAUCAUUCCGAACACCCAGUUCCUACUAUAUCAAUUCCCGAUCGAAAAUGUAGGAGGGAACUUAAUACAGAUCGUUCAACAUCGAGAAGAAGAAGUAGUGUCAGUCAGGCCAACCCAAUAAGAGAUAUAUCACCGGCCAUAUGUCAUUCAGGUUUUACAAUUGAAGUUCCUUUAAAUAACCUACAAUUUUUGUCAGCAAAAAACUGUUUACCUUAUCGUCGUCAUAGUCACACAAAUGUUUCUGCAUCACCUAGUAUAAAUGCAGAUCAAACAAGAAAUAACAAUGAACGAAAUGAUUUCUUCGGGCAAUCAUUGGCAUUAGACUAUAAACUACAAAGCAUACAAAAGUCAGAUCCAAAUCUAAGAAAAACAGCUAUUGAAUCAAAAAAUCUGGCAAAAACUGAACAAAUUGAAAUCCUAAAACAGCUUAAAAAUUGGAGUUUGUACAGUUCAUCACCAAGAGAUUCAAAAACUUAAUAAAAGCAGCUUAAUGCCAAAAGACAAUUCCAAAUAGGCAAUUUUUCUAUCCGAGCAAAUAAAAUUAUUCAUAUUCCCGAUCCAUGAGGAUAUAAAACUAAUUUUGUACUAAUUUUGACAAGUAAUUAUCAUCACCGAAAAUAUUAUACUGACAGGAAGACAACCCCAAACCAAAGCAAGAUCUCUAAAAGCUAUUUUUUUCUUGUUCACUAUAAACUGCCAAUCUAAAUUUAGUACAUAAUUUUCCCAUCCGAGCUAUGAAGCACGAAAUAUUGGAGCCUAUAUAAAAAUUCACUAGAUCACCAAGGGGUGUUCGUUAUGAUAGAAGAGAUAACACAUAUUUAAUGAACACUUGGCUCCAAGACUUCCAUUGAGUAAAUCAGUCUUGAUUCUUCAUCAACCUUACAAAAACAUUUGUAAUUGACACAAAACUUUUCAGACAACAAUGAAAAAAUUUUCUAUCACAAUUUAAGUACCAACUUAUCGAAUUCAAAAUUAUAGCACACUUGGUAUUGCGGAGAGUAUGCUGAACAAAAAAAAACAAUUUUUGGAGUGACCAGAAAUCAUAAUGCGGGCAUUUAAAUGGUUCAGGUCAGCUCCAGUACAAAAGGGUCCAUAUCAACACAAACAAUAUUUCAAGCAUAGCUAAGAAAAAGGUUUAUUACAUAAUUUAUUUGUAAAUACGUAAAUAAAAUUUUUAUUAAAUUAUAUUAAAUAUAUAAGAAUGAGUAAUAAAAGCAAUAUUAUAAUUUUAUUUUUAGUUACAAUUUAGAACCUUUAAUUUGCUAAUUAGGACACUUGUAAAUUCUAGUUAUGCCAUCAAUGUAAAUAAUUCCUGAUACUAAAAGAAAAUCUCAACACAAGUUACCUAUAUUA